AUGCUAGCUCAAGAGAUCAUCCAUCAGAUUAAGAAGCCUAAUAUUGGGAGCAAUGUGGUCAUUAAAUUGGACAUGGCAAAGGCUUAUGACAGGGUCUCUUGGCCCUAUAUCUGCCUGGUAUUAAGGAGAAUGGGCUUUGAUAAGACAUUUAUUGACAUGGUAUGGAGGAUCAUGGCAAAUAAUUGGUAUUCAAGUAUUGUUAAUGGAAAAAUGUAUGGCUUCUAUCAAUUCACUAGAGGUCUCAAGCAAGGUGAUCCUCUAUCACCUGCCCUAUUUAUUUUAAGGGCAGAGGUCCUUUCUAGAUCAUUGAACAGAAUUCACAACAAUCCUAACUACCAUGGUUUCUUUAUGGAGAUGAGAGGUCCUCAAGUUAAUCACCUUAGCUUUGCGGAUGAUAUUAUCAUAUUUACUUCAGGAAGGAAAAAGUCGCUUGAACUGAUUAUGCAUACGCUGAAUACAUAUGAAGAGACUUCGGGACAGCUAGUGUCAAAGACAAAAGCCAUUUUAUGGUCCAUUCGAAUGCAUUCAACAGCACUAGGGACAGGAUUAAGAGAAUUACUGUUAUCAAGCAAAUUCAGAACCUUAUGGCAGACUUCUUUUGGGGAUGGAAAAAUGACAGGAAAAAAAUACCAUUGGUACUCAUGGAAAAAUUUGAGUUUUCCGUAUGAGGAAGGAGGCAUUGGUAUGAUAAAUUUAAAGGAUAGAUCCAAUCCUAUCAGCAAGAAGUGGGACACUGGUGACUCGCCUACCUGGAAACUUUUAAUGCAUAACAAAGUAAAGAUUGAGGAGCACAUACAUUGGACAAUCAACUCUGGAACUUGCUCUUUCUGGUGGGAUAACUGGUUAGGAGUUGGACCUCUAGCACACUUCUCUAAUGAAAGCAACAGGUUCAAUAACAACACAGUGACUGAUUUCCUGAUUGAGGGCCAAUGGAAUCUGGAGAUGGUGAUACAGCAGGCCCUUAUAGCAUGUUGUUCUUCUGCCUGGAAUGAACUCAGGGAAAAAAGGAACAGCUUUGGCAAUGAACCAGUGGCAUGUUAUUGCUGCGACAGACCUGGGUGGGAUACUAUAGAUCAUAUCUUCAAUACUGGUCAUUUUGCAACACAUGUAUGGAGGUACGCGAGGAAAUAUGGAGGGAAGCAGUCUAACAUCUCUAGAGUCAAGUAUGUAGUUUACAAGGACAACUACAAGCUUAUGACUACUACCUUCCCCUACAUCAGAUGGCCCUCGAACUGGGCAGAAUUGAUCAAACAGGCAGGGAAAUGUUUUCAUGAUACCAAGGUGUUUAUAGUGUAUUGGCAAAGACCUCCUGAACAAUGGGUGAAACUAAAUACAGAUGGUAGUGCAUUAAGUAACCCCGGGAGAACAGGUGCAGGAGGUAUAAUUAGAGAACACAAUGGUGAAAUGAUCUUAGCAUUUGCGACCCCGCUAGGAAAUGGAACCAACAACCAGGCCGAAAUAGGAGCAGCCAUAUUUGGCAUGACAUGGGUACUUCAACUGGGCUACAAGAGUGUUGUGUUGGAAGUGGAUUCGCAGCUGCUCGUGGACUGGAUCAUGUAG